AUGAACACACACUGCAGGUCUGCGUACGACGUGCUUGCUCGCAUGUCGGACGAGGAGGACGACGACGUGCCAGAGGACUUGGAGCUGACGUUCGUGCCUGCGUCAAAGCGAUGUGAGCCGGCGUCGUCACGCGCCGUCGGCCACCGCGCUAGUAAUGCGGCGCCCUCCACGCUGGCCUCCUCGACAGACAGCGUCCCCACAGUCAGCAACCUCAAGCCGCGCGCAGAAACGGUCUAUGAGCAGGAGCGCAACGCCAAGGUGCGCCAGCUUCUCGCCGAGCAGCAGAGAGCAGCUCCAGGCGUCGUCUUCUCGCUGGAUGCGUUCGAGUCACCGCUACCGGACCGAUACACUCUGGCCGGCCUUCAGGAAGCGACAGGCACCCCCGCCUCUUCGUCUUCGCCUGCGCCGUACAACCGAGAAGAUCAGCGGCGAGGCUUCUCGCAGUACCGUGGCCGUGGCGGCGCAGAAGGCGGCGGGAGGGGAGGACCUGGUGGAGGGAGCGGCCCGCGCCGGUACCGGAUGCCGAAUCCGAACAUGUCGGAGGAGGAGCAGGCGCGCUACAUUCGGCACCGCCGCAACAUGGCCGUCAUCCGCAACGCACUGCGCGAAGUCGACCCUGACACGCUUGAGUAUAUGCAGGUGACACAGGCACCGGACCAACUGCCCCUCAACAGAAACCGUGAAGGCUUUUCGAAACCCUACUUUAGUACCGACCGCGGCCGCGGUGGCGACGACGCCGGCGGUGGUCGUAGCACGUCGUCGUACCGCGGCAGAGGCGGCGGCGGAGGAAUGCGCGGCCGCGGCGGGAGCGGCUUCUCACCUUACACUGCUGGCCGCGGUGCUGGGGGCGGCGGCGGCGGUCGCUCAGCACCCUUCAGUCCCUACUCGUGA